UUCAAUUAAAAUAUUAAAGGUGUAAUAUUAUAAUUACGUAUUUUGUAGUAUAAUAUGAUUGUAUUACAUAUUUGUAGUGCAAAUUAGUAGAUAUGGGAAAGCAUGAUCCAAAAAGUAAAAGUUGUAAAGAUGAAAUGGACGAGUAUGAUGAUGAUAUUGAUGAACUCUACCGUCCUUAUCUUAUACACACUACAACGUAUGCUUUAUUAACAGAACAGAUUUUGUCGUUAAUGCCUUCAGAUAGAAAUGUACUGUUAACCAUGAAUGAGUACAAUUUAAGUGAAAUCAAUCCAAUGCAUCCCAGCAGUGAAGAUUCUCCUACACAUAUUAUAAUUUUUUGUAUCCGCUUUGUUGCUGGUGAUCUUUUUCAACCUAUUGGAGGACUUUUAAUAUAUAAAUAUAAAGAUCAAAGUGCCAUUUUGGCAGAAUGCCUAAAAGCAUAUAUAAAUGAUUUGUGGAAACUGGGUCUUCACGUUGUCGGUACUGUGUCCCCUCCUUUUGAAUCUUUUAAGGGAAUGUUAAGUCAUCUCAUUGAUGUAAAAGACUUCAAUUUAUAUGCUGACAGCCUUGUUUAUUCUGUAGCUCCUAUUAAAGAGAUAGUCCACAUUUAUGAUAUACAGUUCCUUUUAAUAAAAUUGCAGAAUUUAUUUAAAGAAGGUGACAUAAAAUUUGCUGAAUAUACUAGACAAUACAGAGCCUCGUGGAGCGAUAUAUCCCUUGUGUUAAACUUAUCAUCAGAGUUUAAGAUUUUAUCAAAUUACCUGUCGGAUAACAAAGAUAUUUCCCGCAGGAUUCAUAUUUUUACUCAACAGAUAUUUGAACAACUUUUAGAAUUAGAAGCUCAAGGGAUUUUAUCAAAAAACGCAGGAGGAAGUGCUGUGCUCUUGAAUUGCAUUCGAUCGUUUUUGCAAUUCACCGAACUUGAUUUAGUGGAUUUAAAUUUAAUGUGUAAAAUUGAAGGUUGGAAUAACUUUACAAAUAUAUUGCAUACGAUGAUAUUUCAAAAAUCCAAAAAGAGGACUUGCACCAAAAAUAAACCGAUAACAGCACAUGUACUUACUAAGCCUUCUAUAAGAAGGAAAAUUGAUUUUCAUAUGGAAGACAAUUCAGAAGAUAUUAAGCAGUUAGCACAGGAUAUGGAUGACGUCUUACAGUUGGCUAAAUUAGAGGACAACUUGGAUAAUGAUUAUGAGAUGUUAGAUAAUUGUAAAAUGGAUCAAAACGAUGUGACAAAUCAAAAGACUGAUAUAGAAACUACAAAAGCUAAUAAAGGUAAAGAAGAUAGUGGCAUGGGAAAUAAAUCUCUAGAAAAUAAGUUACCUAGUAAGACUGAAAAUUUUUUAGAAAGUAGUAGUAGACAACACUCCAACCAAGAACAAAUUGACAAUAAAACGAAUCUCAACUGUGAUGUAGAUAAAAACAAUAAUACUGAUGAAAGUUUACAAA